CGAAGUCAGAAGUGAAAUUUGGGAAAUGGCGAUGAAAUAUUUAUUUAUUAUGCAGUCUGGGAGAACAUUUGUAUGCCAUUAGGUCUUUCACAUGUCUUUUUAGACGAUAUUUUUGAUUACUACUAUCCUAUUGAAAUGUGAAAUGGAGUAAUAAUUUGUGUAUUUCUUCAUUGAAUAAAGAGACAUGUCAUCUUUAACUGAAGAACAAAAGAGGCGAAUCGAGGAAAAUAAAAGAAAAGCUCUGGCUAAAAGGGCUGAAAAACGAAGUCCAGUAAAAUGCGGUAUUCAAAAUCAAAAACAGCGAAUUGAAGAGAAUAGGCAAAGAGCUCUGGCUCUUCGAGCUGAAAAACAUAGUCCAGUGAAAGAUUGUCAGUUUAAAUCUGUGAACAAUUCCACAGGAAAUGAAAGGAACGGUACUACAUCCCAGAUGACUAGCUCAUCUAGUACAUUUUAUAAUCAACAAACAUGUGCCCCUAAUUCUGUUAAGCAGAGACUAGCGGACUCAUACAAGGACCCCGUUGCUCUAGGACAAAAUAAAAACACUGUGAAAAGUGGGAUUCCAUGUAAUAGUUACUCGAGAUCUAAUAACACUGGAGACUCAAACAAUAACAAGACUAAUGCCUCAAACACAGGACUAGCAAAUAAAUUUAAGACACAGGGAAAUCAGUCGAAAUUCAAUAAGCCUGUGUCGCAAGGGUCCAGUCAAGAUGCUUCCGAGGAAAAGUUAGCCAAGAUCACAGAGUGUAUUGCUUCGUCGGGGGGAUCCACACAGACCACCCUGGGGGGAGGGACCACUGCCAAAUGUCUCCUGAUCUCCAGAGAGAGGUUUGAGGUCACCGCAGGGUAUUACCCACCCCUCAUUGACUUGUUUAAAACCAUUGCAACCAAAAAAUAUGAUGCUGUUACCAGGAAGUGGUCCUUUAAGUUAGAGGAUUACCAUAAGCUUGUUGCAGCGAUGAGGUCCAUGAGUCCUCAGGUCAAGCUAGUUACCCUUCCUCAGGCCAUACUCUCAACCUUCCAGCAGCAACUUAAGGGCAUCUACCCCGACAGAGAAAUCCCAACUGCCAAUCUGGACAAUCUGGAUCAAAGUCUCGUCAACUCUUUACUGCCUUUCCAGAGAGAAGGUGUUAAUUUUGGAGUCCACAAACAAGGUCGAGUUCUGAUAGCUGAUGACAUGGGUUUGGGUAAGACGAUCCAGGCGAUCUGUUUAGCGUGUUACUAUAGGAAUGAGUGGCCCCUCCUCAUUGUGGUUCCCUCCUCCGUCAGAUUUGACUGGGCUCAGCAACUAGAGCGCUGGGUACCCAGUCUGGAUCCACAGGAAGUUUACGUUGCCAUGACAGGGAAAUGUAGCCUAUCAGGUCACAAGGUCUGCAUCCUUAGUUACGAACUCAUGGCCAAGAAAGCCAAGGAACUCCUAGAGAAGAACUUCAAUGUUGUCAUCAUGGAUGAAUGCCACUUGUUAAAGAAUUUCAAAACAGCAAGAUGUAAAGCAGCCAUGCCAAUUCUUAAGGCCUCUAAACGUGUGAUCCUUUUGAGUGGAACUCCUGCACUAUCUCGGCCCCAGGAACUUUACACCCAGAUCUGUGCAAUCAAGCCCUAUAUGUUUCAGUACCAGGAUUUUGGGGUUCGCUACUGUGAUGGGAAAAAGAAUCCUUGGGGUUGGGAUUUCUCGGGAUCUUCCAACAUGGAGGAGCUACAAAUUCUGUUGGAAGAAAGCAUUAUGAUCAGGAGAUUGAAGAAGGAUGUGCUGACCCAGUUACCAGACAAGGUGAGACAGAUGGUGCUGUUAGAUCCCGGGUCCGUAAAGACCACCAAACAAAUGGAGCAACAGAGCAAGACCAUGGAGCUCAAAUCUCUCAAAGGAAUGGAAAGAAGAGGAGCUCUUUUGGAGUAUUUCCAUCAUACAGGGGCAGCCAAAAUUAAAGCUAUCAAAGACUAUGUUUUGGACUUGUUGGAUUCAGACAAAAAGUUUUUGAUCUUUGCUCAUCACCAGGAAGUUUUGGAUGCCAUAGAAACCGCUGUGGAAUCAAAGAUAGAGAAAGGUUACAUCAGAAUUGAUGGAAAAACCACGCCAGAACAAAGAAACUUCUUCUGUAAGAAAUUUCAGACAAAGGACUCAAUUCGAGUAGCCAUUUUGUCUAUUUGUGCUGCCAAUGCUGGUCUUAACCUGUCAGCUGCAAGUCUUGUGGUGUUUGGAGAACUUUUCUGGAACCCUGGGAUUUUGGUGCAGGCUGAGGACAGGGCACACAGGAUGGGACAAAGAGACAUGGUCAAUGUCCACUAUCUGGUGGCCAGGGGGACUGCUGAUGACCACGUCUGGCCACUUGUGCAAAAGAAAUUAGAAGUGCUGAGCAAGGCAGGGCUCAGUAAAGAAGACUUCUCUGCUGCAGACACCAAACAUAUAACUGAUUCCAAACAGACAGACUUGAUGCAGUUCUUUGAGGAGAGUUUUAUGGAGGAGAGUGUUCUGGAGACAUCACUUGAAGAAGACAACCAAUCAAAACCUGCGGAUGAAAAAUCAUCCAAUAAAAAUCAAGAAACAAAUCAGAAACUGACCAAUCAAAACUCAAGAGACUCUAAAUUGUCAGUUAAGCCAGUGAAGCCCAAAUCAGAGCAGUCCUUAUUUAAUUACUUUGGUGCUAAAAAAGACAGUUCAGAUUCCAAACCAGGAACGUCUUCUGUUUCUAAGGACUCUGUGAUAGACAAUAUUGAAGACGAUCUUUUAUUUGAUGAUGAUGAAUGGUUAGAGGAAAUGGAUGAACCCAAAAAUAAGAAAUUAAAAUGUUGACCUGGGAAGGUGUUGUGAAUAAAAGUUAAUGCAUGUCAUUUUCAUUUGUAUUUAUGCAUUUAAAGAUCACAUGGCUAUCAAAUUUAUUACAGUUCUUUCUUAUAUAUU